CUAUCGCAAAAAAUAACAAUUACAGGAUUAGGGUCAAGAUAUUUUGAGGAGGUGAUGGAGGAACCGAAAGAGGUGAGCCUGACGGUGGAAAGGGAGUUCAAGCAAGAGGCGCUAGAACAAUGGAGACCAACCACGUACCACAGUUUCGACACAAUGGAGUCUACCAACCGAUACUUCAGGAGAAUUAUAGAGGGAGAAAGUGAGGAGGUAAUGCCGAUAUUGAAGGAAGUAGAUCCCAAUGGAGCACUGCAGCAACUCAUAUGA